AAGAAACUGACAUGCCUACAAGUGCUCUAAGGUUUAAAGGUCAUCAUAAAAGAGUUUUUGCAGUAGAGUCUACUACAGUGACAAGGUCAAAAAGAGCCAAUGCGCAGCGGCAUCCUUCACUGACAAGAAGUGACAUUGAUGCGCCACCCCCAUCCCAUCCUAAUAUGAGCAAAUCUACGGAAGAUGUUGUCCCCAUCCAACCUUCUAUUCCUCCGCCCGAUGGACCCAACCCAAUGGCCAAUGAAGAUGGUUUGGACCAGCAUGAUGAAAACCCACUCAUGGGUCACGACGAUGGAGCUGAUGGCAGUACACAUCCUGUUGAACAGAACCAGACAAAUGAAGGGGAUAGUCUGUUCAUCGAUUGGCCAUAUUUCAGAUUGGUUACAUGUUUGCUUUACUUCACUAAUUGUGUUUUGAAUGUACUUUUAAAACUUGGAGGAGUGGAGCGCCGGGAAUGGGAGCGGGGACCUAUCAUGGGACAUGGUCUGCAAAAAUUUACCCGAGCUCGGCGUGGGAAGCUGCCACUUGUCAUCAAUGAAGGAAGAAAAAAACCUUUUGUACCUUUUAUUGCUGCCAAGUUUGCAACUGAAUGCAACAUUACAGUAAGGAACCACAUACCCGUGCUCAAGCAUUGGAAAGAGUACAAGAAACGUCCUGCUUUGGUGACUCAGUUUAUGGGGUGGAUCCAAGCAAAGUUUGAAGCCGACAUAAGUGAUCCAUCAGUUAAAAAAGGUUGUCUUGUGAUGAUGAAGUCGGCUGUUCGCCAACAACGACACAGACUGAAGAAGAAAUACUUUGAUCCUUUUCCAUUGCAUUUGGUUAGGAAGACUUCUCCUGUGAAAUGUAUGGAUAAUCAACAGUGGGUUGAUCUUGUGGAAACAUGGAUGGAUCCCAGAAAAAUGGAGACAUGUGAAAAGAACAAGGAGAAUAGAGAAUUGGUGAAGUACCAUCAAACAACCGGCUCUUGUAGCUACAUGGUCGUCAUUGAUAAUCUUGUAAGUAAACCAUGGUUCAGUUGUUCAUGCAUUGUUUGGUCAAAUUAAAGCUACUAUGAAUUCUUGUGACCAGACAAGUAAGCUUGAUGUAUACAAAUGUAUUUCAGGGUGACCAGUUUGAAGAAGAUCAGGAAGAACCUAAUGCAUUUGAUUUGUUCAAGCUGUGCCACUACAGCAAAAAGAAGGGUACACUCCUAAUGUGCAGAUGGCAAUUGUAAGACUCCUCUCAAAUGAUGGUGUUUCAAAUGUUUAUUUUAGGUUAUAUCUCAUGAUUGCAAACUUUGUUUGCUCCUUAUUUGGUAGAAUCAAAUGGAGAAUAGUCUGUCGACACCUGCAGCAGAAGAUGAACAACCCAAGUCCACGACUCAGGUGGUAGCUGAUGUGCUUGCUGAGAAAACCAAGAAGAACCAGUUUCUUCAGAAUGUGGGGAUGCAGGAUGCGCGACCAAGAUCAAGUGUUCGAACAGAACUGGAAGCGGAGAGGAUGACAAGUUCUGAGCUUCUAUCCAUUGUCCAGACCUAAUGUGGACAAAUUGAUGAACUGUCAAGGAAGUUCAAGGAAUCAGAGGAGGCAAGGAUUAGGAAUCGUAAGGAGAUGAACAGGAAGCAAGCUGAGAUGAAUGCAAAGCUUGAGCGUUUGCUAAGUCAGAGUCUACCAGGUUAAGGUACAUGGUAUGUUGAACCUAUCCUUU